UGUGGCUGCAUGAAGCUCCCAAAGACUAGCACAAAGGAAGAAACACACACUUACUGAGAUAAAGAGUAAAUAAGUGUAGAAAGAGAGAGAGAGAGAGAUGGCUAAUGCUGUAGAACAAUCCUCAUUGUAUUCUUCAUCCUUUGUAGACGCAAGAAUCUCAUUUUCCAAUGAUUUUGCAGACGGUACUAAUCAUAGUAGAAGCCAGCUUCAAGAGACAAUAUCAAGAGCACAUGAUCAGAUGAAGUACAAGGAAGCUCCUGUCUCGUCUGAUUUCAAAUUCAAUGUCGAAAACUUGGGUUUCACUUCUGCGGCUGAUGAGAUCUUCUUUGGUGGAGUUCUGUUGCCACUAGAGAAAACUACUCAGAGGAAAGUGACGACACUUAGAGAGGAACUUAGUGCUCAAGACUCUGAACGUACCAUCUCAAAGGGAUCUCGUAAUUGGUGGAAGUUAGGUCUCAACAAGUCCAAGAAAGUUCAUUCCAACAACAUUAACUUCCAUCUCCCACACAAAUCUCAGAAUUGUCUUGCAAGUAUAUUGGAAUCUGAUGACUGAAAGAUCGGGACAAGGUCAGCUAACAACUACGGCGAACUAGAUGUGUAAUAGUACUGAUAAAAAAUAUAUAAUCUCCUAUUUUUUAUUGUUUUCUUUUUCUUGUUUUUCUUGGAGUGUUCUCUCAAGUCUUUUAUGUAGUUUUUUUUCCCUAUGAUCAUCGUUGGCUAUAUUAUAUCUCCAUUGUAUGCAACUGGUUCAGUGACUUCAGUCUAAUACUCUUGGUUAACACCCAA